UUUUUGGCAAAACGAAAUGUAUGCAUGGAGCUAUGCAUUCAACUAAAGAUAAAAAAGAAUCAACAGCAACAAAUCAUCAUACGAUUUAUCGAUUAAAACCAUUGGAUCAAUUGACAAAUUUAAAUAAUAAUAAUAAUAAUAAUAAUUGCGAUAAUAAACAUGAUAAUAAUGAAUCAACAACAACAUCAUCAUCAUCAAUAAUUCCAUAUGACUGUUAUGUAUUUGUCAUUUAUUGUCCUUUACAUGAAAAAUUAGCCAUCACACGACAAACUGAUCGUCAAAUUGUUUGGCUGCCAUUCACACGUACCAUAUCGAUUAUUGAUAAUGAUUAUCGUUUUACUGAUCAAGCUAUCAAUGGUGUUUUGACUAUUUUAUCCGAUAAUAAUGCUGAACGAUUGAAAUUAUUAUGUAAAACAUUGCCAUUUCAACAAUGUCAUUGUAUGCAAAUAUUUCGUAUACAAUCACCACAAACAUCCAAAUUUGCUAUCCGAUUGACAUAUUUUGUGGAAUUGAGUCGAUCAACAACGAACGAUAAUAAUAAAUUUAUUUGCUGUCAAGACAGUGAACAUAUAAAAUGGAUAGCUAUUUGCGAAUUAUUGAAUAAUAAUUAUAUUCCCAAUUUAUGGGGACCAGAAUUGAUACAAUUUUGUCGACAAUCACGCAAAAAACCAAUUGCACAACAGAUUCGUGAACUAAGUUUGGAAAAAGCAUAUUUUUUCCUACCAAGAGAUACGGCAAGAAAUUUGGAAGAAUCUAUUUUGAAAUCAGCACAUCUAACCGAUAAAGAUGUUGAACGUUUAUAUCAAGAUUUUAUUGAACAUUGUUUCCCCAGUACAUAUCAAACAUUUGAAUCGUUUCGUUGUUACAUGUCGAAAUAUGGUUUUGAUCGUAACGAUUGUCGUUUGAAUUCAUUAUUCAAUGCAUUCAAUUUUCAAAAUAAUGGUUUUCUAUCUUUUCAUGAAUUAUUACUUGGACUGGCUACUAUUGAACCGGAUACCGUGCAUGGUGAAUGGAGAGUUAGAUUUAUUUUUCGUUACUAUAAUAAUAAUGGUACAGGUAAUUUAGAUAUGAAUGAAUUUCAAAGAAUGAUUAUCGAUUUGAAUCAAGGUUUAUCAUUAUCAAUCGAAUCAAUUAAUCUAAAAAUAAGAGAAUCAUUACAUGAAAUCGGAACGAAAUUGGUGAAUAAUAAAUGUGUUAUAACAUGUGAUGAUUUUGUCCAAGCCAUUGGUUCACAUCGUUUUCGUGGAACAUCAUCGCUAUGUCGUUCAUCAAAAUCAUUGUUUGAAUUAUUAUCGCGUACAGUAUCGGCAAAAGCAUUGAAAAAAUCGGAUAGAUUUUUCAAUAUGGAUGCCAUUAUUGAUCAAUUUAAAGGAAUUUGUUUCAAUUGUAAAACAAAACAAUAUUUCCUUGCAAAUCAUUCAAUCAAAUUGAAUCGUAAUGGAUUGAUUGUUCAAUCCAAAAUGCUAGAACAACAGCAACUAUUUUCAAUCAACCAACAACAAAUGAAACCAUAUGAACUGGCUGCUUUAAAUUAUUCCAAAGAAAUUCAAUUCAAUUUUGAAUCAUCCGUAUCAAAUCUAUUGAUAACAUUGAUUCGACAAUUUAAUCCGGAUAAAGGUACAAAUCGUAAACCAAAAGGUUUACUUGAAAAUGAUCCCGAAUUAUUAUGGAAAUUAGUUAAUGUUCUAUGCAAUGAUAUGGAACGAUUAUUAGAUCAUGAAGAUAAAUGUGUAAGAAUUCAAUCACCUUGUUAUGUGAUUGGUGAUAUACAUGGCAAUCUGGAUGAUCUUUUGCAAAUGGAACAAGUUUUAUGGAAACGUUUGCCUUGUAUGGGUUCGAAUUUCCUAUUUCUUGGUGAUUAUGUUGAUCGUGGACAAUGGAGUAUUGAAUGUUGCCUAUACCUGAUGUCGUUCAAAAUAUUAUGUCCAAACAAGGUAACAUUAUUACGUGGUAAUCAUGAAGUACGUAGUUUACAAACAUAUUAUACUUAUAAAAAUGAAUGUCUGCGAAAAUAUGGUAAAAUAUAUGGUGAAUAUAUUUGGGAAUCAACUAAUAAAGUUUUUGAUAAAUUACCAAUUUCGGCAACAAUUGAUGCAUCAAUAUUUUGUUCACAUGGUGGUAUACCAAAAACUGCACAGACAUUGAAUGAAAUUAAUCAAAUUAAACGCAAAUUAGUGGAUCCGGAAAAAGAAUCAAUCAGUGCAUGGGAAAUAUUAUGGUCAGAUCCAUGUCAUAAUCAACAAUUUGUUGAAAUGUGUAAUUUUUUCGGUAUCGAUCAUCAAGAAACUAAUGGUUAUUUGAGCAACAUGAAAAGAGGUACUGCUUAUCAAUUCAAUGAAUUCGCUGCAACCAGAUUUUUACAUAAAAAUGGCCUCAGACGUAUGAUACGUGCACAUGAAGUACCACAAAUGGGUUAUCAAUUUCAUUUCAAUGGAAAAUGUUUGACAAUAUUCUCCUGUUCACAUUAUUGUGGUAAUCAAAAUCAUUGUGCAUUGAUUUUGAUUGAUCAACAAAUUCUACGCAUUAUACGUUUAGAUACUUAUGAUAAUAAUGAUUCAAAAUCAUAAUUUAUUUUAAUUAAA